AUGAUUCACAUCAAUUCGGUGCUGAUCGCUGACGAAAUUGAGCAAGGUUGUAUCGAUGCGCUGGAUAAGGGUGGCGUUAAAGCCGUCAAGAAAACGAAACUGCCCAAGGAUCAACUGAUCGCCGAACUCAAGAAUCAUGAUGCAGUUAUUGUUCGUUCAGCCACUAAGAUAACUCGUGAGGUGAUCGAAGCGUUAUCCGGAAAACUGAAGCUGAUCGGGCGUGCCGGAACUGGUGUGGAUAACAUCGAUGUGAAAGCUGCAACCGAGCAUGGUGUUAUCGUGAUGAACACUCCUGGGACAGGACAAGACAGCGGCGAAAAGUAUGAUGACAGUGUGGAUGGGGAGAGAAUGAGAAAGAGAAGACAAGACGGAUCCGAUGAGCAGCAGCCUUCGUCGAUGUGGGGUCGGCCACACGGCGAUCGUGGAGAUAUUCCACUUGUACGAUCAUUCCAUCCCAAUCAGCAAUUCAUUCAAAUGCCAACAACGAUAAUACAUCAACGACCUAUCUCGUCCACCUAA